AUGGGAACCCGAGAAGUGUACGAGGAGAAGCUGAGAAGGGGAAAUCUCCACCAUGAUCCCACCAUUAAACCGGGCCUCGGAUCGGCUCGCUGCCCGCGCUGCCUCUCUCUCUUAAGCCCUAGUUUUGAAAACUCGGAAUGGGAAGUCACUCCUGUUCUGCACGAUGCCACUGCCGUGGUUGGCUCUGGACUUGGUGGGAUGCUAAGUGCAGUGCAUGCUUUCAACACAGGGAUCCCUUAUGUCCAGAAACAUGUGAAGGGGCCAAAGUGGCUUCCUUUUGUAAUUGGGCUUCCUCCUCUGCUAAUGUUAUCCACUGCUAGUGCUGCUUUUGGAGGCUACGCGCUUCCGAAGUUCACUCAACUCACUGUGACAUCUUAUUAUGCUGCUUCAAGUGCUUCACAUUACGAUGAUCAGUUGCAGGUAGCAGGACGGAUGUAUGGGGAUGACCAAGGUCUAGCAAGCUAUAUGAAUUACUUGUUGCUGAAGAGAAGUGUUGAUCUUUUGCCUCUUCGACCUGCACCACCAGUUAAACAAAAGGCCAUCCGACUGUUUGGUAAAGAAUUUGGAGGUAACUCCUUAGUUGAGGCUCAAUCAGAAUCCGAUGAAACUAAUGCUGCAAUCGAAGAGGCAAAUGGAGAGAUGGGCAGCAGAAAAUUCGAAUGCCAGUAUUGUCACAGAAACUUCCCUACUUCUCAGGCCCUUGGAGGCCACCAGAAUGCACACAAGAGAGAGCGCCAACGUGCUAAGCAUGCUUACCUUCAGUCUGCAUUAACUGUGCAUGUUGGCCUCUCUGAUCAGACACCCAUCUUUGACCGGACCAAUUAUCACCAGGGUUCAGCCUCGACCCCUGUUAUGGCUUACACUGGGUUAUACAGAGGCCAAACCUCUUAUUCCCCACUACUACCUAAUGAGAGUCCCUUGGCCUUGCCGCGAAUCCCUUCACAUGCUUACAGUUCCCCUACUUCUAUCAGCAGGGAGCAAUCAACGCAUCAGCGACCGUUGUUUUCUAACCUUAACUCGAGGCUAUCAUCAACCAGUGACUCUAUUUCUCAAAGUGGGUUUGGGAACGUGACAAAACCAAGCUUGAAAGAUCACGUGUGUUUGGAUUUACAUCUUUGA